CUGCCCUCUGUACCUUCGGACAUCCUGCCCUCUGUACCUUCGGACAUCCUGCCCUCUGUACCUUCGGACAUCCUGCCCUCUGUACCUUCGGACAUCCUGCCCUCUGUACCUUCGGACAUCCUGCCCUCUGUACCUUCGGACAUCCUGCCCUCUGUACCUUCGGACAUCCUGCCCUCUGUACCUUCGGACAUCCUGCCCUCUGUACCU